AUGAAACGCAUAGCCAUCAAGCAACAGUCAUGGACGAAGGAUGCAGCGGCAAGACGUCAAGCGACGUUAACAAAGCAAAAAAAGGCUAGAAGAGACCUUACAGAACAUGCUCGUCAGCUUGUACAAUUGCCUUUGUCCAUGUCUCAAGACGUCACUGCACCGCCAAUGGACGAUAUUUAUACUGAUGUCUCCAAGCACAAAACACGUGAGGAGCGCAUAAAGAAGCGACGUGAACACUUUUCAAAGCAAUUAAUGACGCCUGAGUGGAUGAUUGACGUACCAAAGGACUUGAAUGGCAAUGGUAGUGUGCUGGGUGAAGGCUGGUACGUAUUGCCAAGGCCCGAGGGCAAACGCUGUCUAGUAGUUACAAAUGGAGGUAAUACGAUUGCUAGAAUCCCAGCAGGAAGUAUCUUGAAGAAAUUUCCAUCAGCGCUCCCGUGUGGGUCAUACAAGACCAAUAAGGCCAAUGACGGCUAUUGCAUCUUGGAUUGCAUUUUUCAAGAACAGAAUGAAACGUUUUACGUUUUAGACGUCAUGUGCUGGAAAGGUUAUUUGCUAUAUAAUUGCACUACGGAGUUUCGACUUUACUGGAUGCGGAACAAGCUAUCCGAAGGAGCGACAGAGACUGUCACGCCGGCCAACCCAUUUCGAUUUCUGCCUAUUCCAUGCUAUGAGAGUGACCCGGCAGGAAUCAUGGCAGCGUAUUCAACGACGUAUCCGUUUCUCAAAGAUGGACUUCUCUUUUACAUGAAGGCAGGCCAUUAUGAAAUGGGGCUAUCGCCGCUGGCGUUGGUGUGGAAGGAUGGUACCACAAGUCGUUUUUUGGUCACUUCAGCAAAGCCAACUAUUGUACUUCGCCUUGAAGGUGGUGGGAAGGAGUUUACGACGCUAGAGGGUAUCGUUCUUUUCGCAGCCGACCAAGAACUCAUUCAGCAACAUGAGUUGAGUGAAGGAGAUCUCGCAAGUUUUUCUUUUGAGCUGAAUGAUGUGAAUGAUGUGGUGGAAUACCAAACCCCACAUCUAACGAGUCUGACAUUUGUAAAGCGGUGUUCGCCGCAGAGAGCUCUUCCAGACAGCUGGACUAAGAUUUUGUUCCAGCAUAAUGCACGGUCUGGUGGUAUUCCAAUCAAGCAGAUUUUGGAAACUGCUGCAGUGCCCACUACUGAGGUCCAGAUGGAAGGAUAA